UUAGCUUGCUAGCUACUAUGAAAGAGACCCGGGAGUUAGCAACACCUCGCUAAGGAGAGAUCUUGAUUGUGUGUAAAUGAUAAUUGCUAGAGAGCGUUCGUGAAUCAGCCAACUAACUGAAGCUGUUGAAGAAAUAUUUCUAGUGUGGGUAAGAACGAUAGCAGAGUACGAGGAGGAACUUUCUGGAACAAAAGAGAACGAGCGACAACGUCAACUGCUGGACGCUGUUUUCAAGACGCCUCAAGUUGUGUUACAGGAAGCAGACGUCAGUGAAGACUAUCUUCCCCCUGAGCUGCAGGAGUGGAACUCCAGGAUGGAGCAGGAGGAGCCACAGCACCCGCACAUUAAAGAGGAAGAGGGGGAGCCACAGCCCCCCCACAUAAAAGAGGAAGAUGACGAGUCACAGGCCCCCCACAUUAAAGAGGAAGAGGGGGAUCACAGCAUCAGUCAGGAGGGAGAGCAUCUUGAAGGACUGGAGGAGUUCCCAGUGAUUGGUGUCACUGUGAAGAGUGAAGAUGAUGAAGGUGAAAGUGAGGAGGAGAGAGAGGUGGAGCCUCCAAGCAGCAGCUCAACUCAACACAUGACAACAGAAGCUGAUGGAGACCACUGUGGAGGAUCACAAGCACACAACCUCUUAGCUCCACUAUCAGAUAGCGACGACACAACAUCACACUCUUCUGACACUGACGAUGGAGACUCUGAAGCUAGUAUGACAUGUCACACUGACAACACACGCUGGAAAUGCUCUCAGUGUGACAAAACCUUUGGCGGCAAGGGAAAGCUGACAGUACACAUGAGACAGCACACAGGAGAGAAACCUUUCACCUGCUCAGUUUGUGGUAAAGGGUUCAUUUCUAAGUCAAAAUUGAAACAACACAUAAGAAUACACACUGGAGAGAAACCUUUUCCUUGCAAAGUGUGUGGUAAAAGGUUCUCACAGCGGGCAAAUUUGAAGGUGCACACAAAAAUACACACUGGAGAGAAAGCUUUUCCUUGCAUGGUGUGCGGUAUAAGAUUAUCUCAGCGGUCACAUUUGAAAGAACACACAAAAAUACACACUGGAGAGAAACCUUUUCCUUGCACGGUGUGUGGGAAAAGAUUCUCUCGGCGGUCAAAUUUUAACAAACACGCAACAAUACACACUGGAGAGAAACCUUUUCCUUGCACAGUGUGUGGGAAAAGAUUUAAUCAAAAGAGUUAUUUAACAACACACACAAGAAUACACACUGGCGAGAAACCUUUUCCUUGCACGGUGUGUGGGAGAAGAUUUAAUCAAAAAAGUGAUUUAAAAACACACACACGAAUACACACUAGGGAGAAACAUUUUCCUUGCAAGGUGUGUGGGAAAAACUUUCUUCAAAAAAGUGAUUUAAAAACACACACACGAAUACACGCUGGAGAGAAACCUUUUCCUUGCACAGUGUGUGGUAAACGUUUCUCCUGGAAGAUAUCUUUGAUAAGACACACAACAACACACACUAACGAAAAAAACACUGGGGAGUAACGUGAACACUUUUUUGAAAGG